GGCGCGCUCGGGAGCGGCUCCGCUCGCGGCUGCUCCUUCACGGCCCUGUGGCGGGACGGGAGGCGACUGCCCCUGGCCCCGGCCCCGGUCCCGGUUCCUGAGGCAGCCAGCUGUGCCCCCAGCCCCACUGGAGCCGGUCGGGCUCCCGGCCCCGAGGGAGCAGGUUGUGACCCCGGCCGCGCCGGGAGCCAUGAGGUGAGGCGUCGCUGUGCGCGCGCUCGCCUCAGAGCAGCCCCGGGCCCACUCUCGCCCCUCAGGCGAAGGGAGCCCCCGGCCGUGCUCACGGUGUUAAAUGUGCGGGGAAAGCUGGGAGGCUGGAAGAGGAGCCGGCUCCUACGCUGCUCAUACGGCUCCUGGCUGCCCUCCCCGUGCCGCUCUGGCUCGGCCGGACGCUGACAGCAGCUGGAACGGGACUUGGACGGUGCGAGCUGCAGCCCUUGCUCAAACCUGUGAGUGGGGCAGGGCCUUUCCACAGCCACCUGUUCACGUGUGAGGCUACAGGGAGUGGGAGAUGGGGCUGAAAGGGCCAAACCACUCGAGGAACUCCAGAGGGGAAAGGAAAUCUGCUUCCUACCUGUGUGCAGACUUUGUACCAAGUAGAAUGCAGGGACUUCACAUCAGUAGCUUGUGUCCUUUCUUAAAAGAGACAAAACAAGUUGCCACUGGAUAGGGUCCAGCAGAGGCAACAAAAGUGAUGAGGGGUCUGGAUUAUGUGAUUUAUGAGGAGAGACUGCAGGAGUUGGGCUUGUUUAGUCCAGAGAAACCUGACAGGGAAUCUCAUGAAUGUGUAUAAGUAUCUUAAAGGAGGUUGUCAAGAGAGUGAUGUCAGCAGCAAGAUGAGGGGUAAUGACCAUGAAGUAAAACACAAGAAGUUUCACCUCAACAUUAGAAAGAACUUUACACUGAGGGUGGCAGGGUGCUGGAAUGGAGCUCAGGGGGCUCAAGGGGUAUCCCUCUCUGUAGAUACGAUAACCCACAUGGCCAUGUUCCUGUGUCACCUUCCUUGGUUGGGAAAUUGUAUUGGAUGAUCUCCAAAGGUCCUUUCUAACCACAGUGAUUCUGUGCAAAUUGUUUCAACCAAUUAGUCAAUUUAACCAAUUGUAGUCUUCUCUGCCUCCCUUAGAAUGCUAAUGGUUGUUAACAUUUUAUUCUUUUAGUGUUUCUCUUGUAUCAGUGAACAGGGCCAUGGAGUGGGAAGCUUCCCAAAUAAAUACUGUAGCUGACAGACUUUACAUAAAAGGCGAGUUUUCAUGGGAGCUGUUUGUCUCUCUGCUGAGAGUAAUGCAGAUGGUAAAAAGGGGAUCUUUGAGCUCUUAGGGCAUCCAGCCCUUUGCCAGGAGGUAGCAGGUAAGACAAUGUAGAGAUCUUUGCUGCAGGGUAUUCCUUCUGCUGCUUCCCUGGGCUGUGUUUGUGCCCUCCAGCGGAGGGCAGUGAGGCCUGACUGUUCCAGGAUUUCCCUGUGCAGCAGGAGCAGGACUGUGGUGCCAGCAUCUUCCAGGCUGGAGCCAAGUCAGUCUCCCCAGCUCUCCCAGCAGGAGCAUUCCUAGGGGGCAGCUGCCAGCUCCUCAGGAGAGAUAUUUAGGUUGUGUGGUGAUUUUUUGGAGAAAUUGGAGUAGAGGAGGUUGUGGCCUCUCUGAGACAGUGUUGAAAACCAUCCAUCAAUAGAAGAAUGGAAAGGAGUGCUCAGGGAAACCCAUAGUUGCUCCAGGGACUGUGAGUCAGAAAGGAGAGGGGCCCUCAUUCCUCAUGGGUCACAGCAGGAAAAUGUGGUUGUUGUUCUGUUUGUCUCGCAGAGUUCCAAGUGUGAUAUGCAGCAGCUGUUUUGUAAAGUUUCAUUUCCUUUGUCUCCUGCAGUCAUCUUGUUUGUUUUUAUUCCCUCUGUCUGGCUCUGCUCUUCUCUCCUUUAAGAGACCGACUUCCCUCUAGCAGGGUUUGCCCUUUCUGGCCUUUCCAUCUUUCAGUGUUUCUCUUCCCUCUAAUACGUUGUGAGGUUUUCUCCUUCCUCUGCUCUUAGCAGUUCAGCUCUGCCUCUGUGUCCCCUUGUUUGCCCUCUGGAGAUGGUGGCAGUGUGAAAGAUCCUUGAUCCAUGAGGUCCAGGUCUUCUGUGAGUAUCCCCACCAACCUCCUUGUGGAUUAUGAACAGAGAGAGGAAUAAAACAAUCUAGGAGGGACUGAAGGUCUUUCUACAGGGAAACCAGGGUGACCCACCCAUGGGGUGGAGGGCCAAGGGCUGGAGCUGAAGGUUGGUGUGUCAGUGGCUUUCUGGGACCAAGGACAGGCAGGAGAGCUGUGCCUCUGUGUGGGCAGCUGGCUUCUGCCCUGCCAUGGGCACGGAUUGGCCUCUGACCUCUGGAGCUGGACUGUUCUGGGAAGAAGUGGGUUGCAGUGGCUUAGCUAGUUGGCAUGAAUCUUUUUGGGGGGUAGUACUUUGUUACUGGUACAGUGUGAGUAAUUGGUUUUGUGCUUGUGGGCUGGGAUUAGGGCAAGCAGUCUGCAUUCUGUCACAGGGGAAUCUGUUAAUUAGUAGCCUGAGGAAUUCACACUCUUCUCCUGCCUUGUUUUCUUGCCUAGAAGAGCUGCAAAUGCUGCCCUGUGGAGAAUCCACUGACUGUGGUCAGCUGGUGCUUAGCCAGUGACUUGUGGUAGCACCAGAUGAAUCUCAGCACUGAGAGAUCAGUAGGUGGCAACGAGGAACACUUGUGGAAGCCAGAAACUUCAGCACAAUGAGAUGCCUCACCCAUCCACUGCUCAGGAAGUUGCUGAGCCUCCCACCUCAGCAUGUGCCAGGGCGAGGGACUCCAAGUAAAGGUGCUGUCCUCAGUCCAAAGCAGUUGUUUCUGAGGCAGAGUUGCGGUGCAGAACCUGGGCUCAUGACUGCCACUGAUAUGGUCAACUAUUGGCAGAAGGUGUUCGAGACAAAUGGGAUCCCUGAAGCACGAGAAUCCAGUCAAUAUAUCGUGUCAUUUGUCCUGGGAGCAAAAACAUUUCAGAGCCUGGAUUCCAAAAGCCUCCACACUCCACUCACAGCACUGCAGCAGGAGCAAAUCCAGCAGCUGAGCCACAAGCGGCUACAAAGGAUGCCGGUGCAGUACGUGCUUGGAGAGUGGGAUUUCCAGGACCUGACCUUGAAGAUGAGACCCCCAGUAUUUAUUCCACGGCCUGAAACAGAGGAUCUUGUCUCUUUAGUUGUGGAGGAAGAAUUUCAGAAAUGUGAGAAUUCAGCCCUCUGUUUCCCAGUUCCUGCUCCUCGUCCUGUGAUCCUAGAAAUUGGCUGUGGCUCUGGAGCAAUUGCUCUGAGUCUGCUCUGUAAACUGCCACAGAGCAGAGUCAUAGCCAUGGAUAAAGAGGAGGCUGCCGUGGAUCUCACUAGAGAGAAUGCACUUAGGCUGCAACUCCAAGAAAGGAUUCACAUCAUCCACCAAGAUGUUUCACACAGUUCUGCCAAACAGCUGCUGCUCUGGGGCCCCAUAGAUGUCAUAGUCAGUAACCCCCCGUAUGUUUUCCAUGAAGACAUGGCUUCUUUGGAUGCAGAAAUCCUCUGCUAUGAGGACCUUGAUGCCCUGGAUGGGGGAGAUGAUGGCAUGAGAGUCAUCAAAACCAUUCUGUCUUUGGCUCCUUCUCUUCUGAAAGUUUCUGGGAGUGUGUUUCUGGAGGUUGAUCCCAGGCAUCCAAAUAUGGUGGAGCACUGGCUACAGGCACACCCAGAGUUACUGCUCACUCUCCAUGCCAUUCACAAGGACUUUUGUGGCAAGCCUAGGUUUCUGCACAUCCAGAAACAGAGCAGCUGACAACUGUGUCAGACAUAACUCUCCUUUCAAGGAUGCGUUUUUGCUCUUGAGCCCAGCUCAACAGCUUGUUGAAAACCCCUUCUGCCUUGUGAAAGGAAUCUCCAUUCCCCAAUGUUGGACUCUCCUUGCAGUGAUAGACCCCUCAUUUCCUGACACAGACCUCAUCCAGAGAUGCAGAAGUUCAGCUGAGCAUGUGGAAGUGUUUCACCUUCCUCAGGGAACUGCAUGAAACAUUUUAGUCUGCUCUGCUAAAGUGACUCAGUCAUCUCAAGACCCAAUACAGAAGAGUUCACAGCUCCAGAUUAAAAAUACAACUUUUCAACAUGCCAAAUCAUCCAUUUGGCCUAGAAAGAAUUUAAUUUUAUUUUUUUUAAUUGGCCUUGAGAUACAUUUAUAUGGAAUGUGACCAGAUGGGAUGAUGAUAAGCCCAAACCCUGGCUUAUACUGGCACAUGGAUAUGCAGGUAUAACAGGACAUAACUCUUGUGCACAUUUCAAAUGCUGUUCAGUUCCAGGAUCCUGAUGCUCCAAUAGCAAAGCAGCUUUUGUUUUCCACUCCUGCUGAGUGAUUGUCUCUGAAGGAUCAGUGCACAUGUUACAGCACCUGAAUUUACAGCCCUUGACACUUGGUGGAUGCUGCCAGAAACAGUCAAAGCAUUUUAAUAAAGACAAUGCUUCAGAUCAGGGUUCUUAAAAGAAUUUCACUGCUACUAUUCAGAGAUGCUGGCAGGCCUGAAUAAACAUCUGGCAUCCACACAUUGCUCUGAUAGUAACAGAAAUGCCUAAAUACCACAUGAGGCAUUUAAUUGCAACACUUUACAGAGAAAGCCAGAGCCACUACUUUGGUUUUGCAGAUGGAGAAGUUGAAAAACAGGAGGUGGAAUGACCUGCACAAAAUUUGACAAGCUGAGUUUGGAGUAGGACCCAGUCUCUUGACAGGCAUGGGAAUAGCUGAGGUCUGUCUCUUUGGGAAGGGUGACUCAGACUAGGGCUGCCUGAAACAGCACUGAGAGAAGUCCUUGAAGUGGACAGUCAACAUCAUGUCAGUGUAAAUAAUGGCAGGAUUGAAUUCAAGCUGCUGUUGCUGCUGUUUCCAGUGGUGCAGGUUCCCUUCUGCACCAUAGCUAGCCAGGGAAGGAAGGAAAGCAAGCCAAGGAAACGGUCUGGUCUGCCAGUCCAGAUGGAGGUGAGCACUCAGGAGGGGUGGGAGUGUCCAGACAGGGCCCUGCUGUGUGUGUGUGUGUGCCAGGGAGGAGCUCCCAGGCUCUGUCCAGGCUGACCUGGGGCUGCACAGCCUGAGAUAAAAGGCAGGGCAUGCAGCAGCAAACUGAGUCUGUUGGAAGGCUGCAGCAGGUUCAGAGGGUGUUACAUGAGCACCGAUACAUCUGCUUCCUUUCCCCUCUUCCACACUCUCACUCCUCAAAUGAGUCUUUCCUCCAUCCCUUUAACUCCUGAAUAUCAGCCCUGCUUUCCCACAGACACCUGAGCUCUCUCUGAUGAGCCAGCACUUGGGUUCCAGCUGGAACCUUUCCCUCCUCACAGCUCUGUUCACAGUCUUGCCUUUCACCCACUGGACAUCUCACACUAUAUUUAUCCACCCCAGUAGUUUAACCAUGUCCUAUCCACUUUUUACUUGAAUUUGGGAGUCUUCUCUGGCCUGCAGUACCUGCCCUGGUUAAACACAGUAGAGGAAAUCUAGGGGAGGAGAAAAGAAAAAUAGGUCAGUUAAAGUGCAGUUGAGCAUAGGUUUGGAAAUACCAUUUCAGAGCAGCUGAUUUUUGGCCUCCUAGAGCCAUGAGCACAAAGUACAGUCAAAGGGGUGGUAUUUUGUGUGGUUGUGGAUUUUUUUUAACAGUAAUUUAGGGAUACUUUUUAAGUUCAGUUUUUCAGACUGUUUAAAAAUUAAAUUUAAAGAAAUGAGUUCUCAAAUUUCUUCUGGGUGUUGGCAGUGUUUGUGUAUGAAGCAGAGCAUUAUGCACAGCCUGCUUCUGCAGGAGACCUUAAAAGCUGGAUAGUCCAUGUGCUGAUGGGAAUGUUAAACAGCAUCAUGCUGCAUUCUUUAGGGGGUGGGCUGGUUCCCUGCAGCAGGAUGGUGUUAGGUGGCCCUCUGAGAGUGCCAGUGUCUGGGUUGCAGAAGGGAGUGUGCUUUUUCUUGGAAGCAUCAGUCAAUCCCUUGUCUGAGCCCUGAGCAGUACAAAUCCCAUGCAAGACAGACCUAUUGGUCUAAUCCAGUAGCACAAGUGUUAAAUUCUAUAUUUGUCACUACAACACUUGCAUUUCUAUGUAUUUGCAUUGUAUAGUCAUUAUAUCUCUUGGAAAAUCA